GAUACCAUCCUUUCUCACCAAACAUUUUGUAAAGUGUGAAAAUACGUUGAAACCAAAACCAAAAUCAAAAUAAUGUAGCUUUUGGUUUCUCUCUCUGUGAUUCUGUCAUCAACUCCAUAUAUAAUAGUCACGUGUCGUUCUUCGCUUUGUAACAAUGAUGAAGUGACCUCUUCCUUGUAUUUAAAACCCCUCACACUUUUCCUUCUUUUUCUUUCGUAUGUAGUCUGUAUUUAUUGAUUGGGGAUUCAUUCUCCUGUGAUUUAACCCCCAUACCUCUCUUCUUCUUCUUCCUUCUGGACCUUGGUAAAAGCUGUAUAUAUAAAGCUUGUUCUUCUUGAUAAAAGGUGGAGGUCUGGCAGGGUUCAAAACGAUAGCGUUUAGAGUGCUGGGUGGAGGCGGAGGAGGAAGGAAGAGGAAGAUCAAAAUCAGCAAGAGAAAGAUAAGAGUGAAAGAGAAAUUCAUGGAUUUUUGGCAUAAGAUGAUUUUCCCUGUUCGUAGAUUUUGGUUUACUGUUUCUUCUCCUCUCAAAGCUCGCAAAAACGGUGCAGGGCUAUUGAAACUACGUGAUGAUAUACAAACAUGUGGGUACCAAGAUGUGCAGGUGAUGUGGGAGAUGCUGAGAAGAUCCGAAACUGAGCAUCAUCAUCAUCAUCAUCCCAAGCGCAAGCAACGACCCUUUUGGCGAGUUUUUGUAUGGUCUUCUUCUAACAACACUUCUUCAUCCACAUCCUUGUCGGCCGAUCAUGCUUGAUUUUGUUGAUAGCCAUUUGGAUUUGGGGUACUUGAUGAUGAUAUUAUAGUAUACUAUAUGUAAUAAAAUUUUGUUCCUACUGUCCCCUGCAAUGCUUUUUACAUAGGCAUCGUUGUUUUAGAACCCCGAUGGACGGCCUGCUGGCCGGUAUGCGUUGCAGUGGCAUGGUACAUAUAGGUGUUUUGCCAACCUUGUUCAAAUGGAAAUAUUAAGUUGGUGUAUCACUAUUAAAAGGAAA